AAAUGCAAGUCUAUAGCAGGCUUGGCAGACUGGCAACACCCUCAUUUAUACCUUAAUAACUUAACAGGGACAGCACAGCUCAGUAAACCAUACACAGAACAUGGGCCUAUCUACUUACACCGGCAGUUGGACAACUGAGAGUCUAUAUAAAGGACACAAUAAUCUUCAGGAUUAAGGCUUUUCACAAGGAUUACUUUUUUAACAAAUACGACUGCAUCUCCACACAGGUCACAGCAGAGAACAAGUAGCAGGAGAAGGUAGUCUCUAUCAGUUGGACACUCUCAGACAUGUGGCACAAGACUCUCUUCUUCAACAUGUUAGGAACAAGUGGAAACUGGGGAAGGUUCAUGUUAACUGGAUGAAAUGACUCAAACCUAAUGUGUUUAAGACAACUGUUUAAUCAGCCUACUAUGUAACCUCAAAUGUGUCUUGCCUUAUCUACCCUCCCCUCCCCUGCUUGUGUUCAGUUAUAAAACUCAGAUUAAGGACAGAAAUGAGAGUCUACCACUGCCUUGUCAGUCGGUGUUCCUGAGCCUAUUCCUCGUGAUGGUGACUGUAGGCCUGGUCUACUCCACCCUACUCGUCCUACAGCCACUCAGCAGCUCUAGCCAACCCUGGUCCAAAGACACCCCCUUACAUCCCCACUCUCUGACCAGUCACAACCAGGGAGAAACCAUCCCGCCCUAUGAAGUAGCCUACCCACAAAACUACCACUUUGUUCUGGACCAGUCUCUGAGGCAUGAGGCUCCCUUCUUGGUUCUGAUGGUGCCGGUGGCUCCAGGUAACCUGGUAUCCAGGCAGGUGAUCCGCAGGACCUGGGGGAAGGAGGGUGUGGUUCUGGGCCGGGCGGUGCGUGUGUUGUUCCUGCUGGGCAUGCCAGGUGGGGCGGGGGUGGAGAGGCAGCAGGAGGAGCUGAAGACGGAGAGCCUGGAGCACCACGACCUGCUGCAGAGUGACUUCCUGGACAGCUACUUCAACCUGACCAUCAAGACAAUGGUGAUGCUGGAAUGGCUGAGCUCUCGCUGCCCCAACGCCUCCUACGCCAUGAAGGUGGACUCCGACAUGUUUGUCAACGUGCACAACCUGGUCAGCAUGCUGGCUGCCCCAGACACACCCACCAGGAACUACAUCACGGGCAUUGUCCGGCUCAACAGCAAUGUCGUCCGAGACCCCACCUCAAAGUGGUAUAUUCCCAGAAUGGUUUAUCCCAGUUCUAAAUUCCCGCCUUACCUCAUAGGGAAUGGUUAUAUUUUCUCCUUGGACCUUGCUGGGAAGCUAGUGGAAGCCUCCAAACAGGUCAGAGCCAUUUACAUUGAGGACGCCUACCUUGGGAUGUGUCUGCACUACUUGGGGAUUGCCUUGAGCUACCCUCCUAGCUCAGCCCUUUUCAAACUGUACCCCCCUUACAGUAACAGACGCUGUUUUUACUCCUCUGUUGUCAUGACGCUCAUGGACAGCGUCAAUAAUCUACAGGCAGUCUGGAGGGAUUUACAGAGAUUUGGCUCACCCUGCUAAAUGACGCCUAUUUAUACACACACACACACACACACACACACACACACACACACACACACACACACACACACACACACACACACACACACACACACACACAUUGUAGCAAAAACACACACACCUCAUCUGAACAUGAAGUAUUAGUCAACACUAGAUGGCAGCAAUGAUUUUGGCAUAAAAAGACUGCAGUCCAGUAUGGAAUCUAGUCUAGUCAAAUUUUGUAAUAGCUAAGUAAAUAUUUAUUUUUAUUUAACCGCAACAAAUGCCUUUCAGCCAACCACUUUCAUUAAAAUAUAUUUUCGGUUUUCUAUCAAAUAUUUGAAGUUUUGUAUAUUGUUUACAUUUUUGUGUGAAUUAAUUUACAAGUGCUGUAAUGUGCAUCUUGUAAUUUACAGUAAGGCUUUCGAUAGCACUCACGACUGCAAUUUGCAUAUAGAUUUAAUUGUCUAAACAGGAAUAUGAACUAUAUAGCCUACUGCUUUCCCUGUGUUUCGAAUGGAAACCUUGCACUGAUGAGGGGAAAAAGAAGC